AUGACCCGUCUGGCUACUUUAUUAUUUUCCCUUGUCGGGAUAGCGGUGGCAGCCAAUUCCUCUUGCCAGGCUACCGCCUUGCAUCUGCCGGACCCACCCUACGAUAACUACUUUUUCUCAGACUGCCAUGUUGAUGCUCAGGUUGUCAUCACCAGCCCUCUGCCGGACAGCAAUCUCACUAUUAUCGGGCCGCGCCUGAUAAUUGCCUGGCCCGGCGGUAAUAGCGGCGCCUGCGCCUUCUUUGCACCACAGAGCGGCCAGAACGGUAGUCUGGCCAUCGAGCUCGUCAACUCCACCCUCGGAUCUCCCCUGUCGUCGGCGCUUGCCGCGCAGAAUGCCUCGUCAACCAUCCCUACUACCGGCGUGGAGGGCGUCUUGUCCUUCAAUGACUCUGCUUCUCUUUCGCUCGCCAUCCUCGGCAGCGUCCGCACCAUCCGCGAUUUCGUUGAGGGCCCCAGUCUCCUCGUCCCCCUGAUCCAGGAUGCCGUCAAGGUCCAGCGCUUCAACGGCACCGGUGCCCAGAUUUCUCGCCUGUGGCUGGACAACGUCACCACCACGACUCUCACACUGUCGCCCUGGCAGAACACCGACGGCCAGAUUCACGUCGACAACAAGACCGUCUCCUUCGGCGCCGGCUUCUAUCGCUUCUCCGCAACCUACAACUAUCCACAGCUCAAGCAACUCACUCCAAAUGAAAUCCUUCGUAACGAAUCGCUAUCGCUUGUCAAGACGCAGUCCGAGCAGGUCGAAGCGCUAUCUUUCUUCUCGUACUCUGACAAGCUUCUUGCUGGUGGGUGGCGCUUCCUUACCUACUUUGGAAGAGACAGCAUGAUUUUCGCACUCUUGACGCAGCCAAUCUUGAAGACUGGCGCCGGCUCGGCGAUGGAGGCUGCUCUCGGAGCAGCGCUCGAGCGCAUCAACCAGACAGAUGGGACCGUCGCCCACGAGGAGACAAUUGGCGACUAUGCUACAUACACCAAUAGGCAAAACGGAAUCUUCAACUCAACCGCCGCCGGAUUUACCUACCAGAUGAUCGACACCGACUACUACCUGCCCAUUCUCAUGGACAGGUAUUUCCGAGCGUCUCCCGACCGUGUGAAGCCACUACUGCAGACUGCGGCCGGCGCGGUCAAUGUCGCGAACAAGAACAUGACCUGGGGAGACUUGGGACACAGGCUUGCCUCGAAAAUCAUGAACAUCACCGCGGCAUUUGAAAAGGAGCAGACAGCAUCAAAUCUGAUUCACCUGCUGGAUGGUGUUCCUGUAGGACAGUGGCGAGACUCAGAGCAUGGUCUUGCAAACGGCCGCAUUCCAUUCGACGUCAACUGUGCGUUGGUGCCAGCCGCCCUGCGCGCCAUUGCCAGCCUGUCGGCCAUGUCCGGUGUCUUCCCCGAUAGCGAUGCGCGGACGUGGCAGGCAGCGGCGGGCAAGCGAGCAGACAUGUGGCAAAACAGCACACUGGCCUUGUUCCGAUACAGCGACUCCGUGACCAACAGCACCGCCCUGCUGGACAACUACACGAAGGACAAUACCUUCUACCACGGUCCCACGCACGCUGAUUCCCUGGCGCAAUACUCGUCCAACGGAUCCAUCGUCGACUAUGGGCUCGCCCUGCCCAGCGCCAACGACUCGACCCCCAUCCGCAUCACGCACACCGACACGGCGUUCCGCAACGUGCUCCUCUUCAACACGACAGGCGACGACGACUCCCAGCUGACCGAGUACGUCAACUCCACCGCCAACGCGAUCCUGCGACCCUUUCCAGCCGGCCUCACGACCCCGUUCGGCGCCGUCGUGGCGAACCCGGCGCUGUCGGGCAACGCCACGCUCGUCGCCAACUUUACCAACUCGGCGUAUCAUGGCACAGUCGUCUGGGGAUGGCAGCUCGCGCUCGUCGCCAAGGGCUUCGAGCUGCAGCUGGGACGAUGCAGCAACACCACCAACGCCACCGGUCAGGCGAGGCGGUCGGUCGCCAAGGUGCCUGCGUUCUGUCGUGAUGGAUCUGUGUAUGGUGCUCUGAAGGCGGCCUACAAUCGCAUAUGGGACGUGAUUGAGGAGAACCAGGGCACGCUGCAGUCCGAGGUCUGGAGCUGGACCUACGCCAGCAACACGACUGCCGGCAAUUCAACUAGUUCAAGCAACUCGACCGGCAGCGGCAACUCGACAGGCAAUGGUCACAAUUCCACCGAUCGGGACGGGUUCACAUUCUCGCCGCUCGGCGUGCUGCCCCCGCCACCAGGUGUGGCAGGUGGCACGGAGAGCGAUGUGAGGCAGCUCUGGAGCUUGGUCUUCCUUGCCAUGAGUCGCGAUUCCAAGUACAAAUAUUGA